ACAGUCGGGUGUACGACAUGAAGGCGGUUGUGAUAUCAUUCUUUUUGCUGGCCCUCUAUGGCGCCGUCAGAGAAUCUGAGGCCAGUGAUGCCUGGAAUGGACUCCUCAAUCCUCGAGUAUACUUUACCUUUCCCGUCUUCAAAUACAGUGACCAGUGCGCUUACAAUGGACGCGAUGUUACCUUGGACUACCGUCGAGCGAUCUACGACUUCGCCACGAUUUUUUUUAAGCCAGUCGCGGCGUCCAGCCACCUGCAUACCGUCAACUCUCCUUUCUCUAUAUGGUUAAUGCUUGCCGCAAUGGCUGAAGGUACUGAAGGACCAGCGCAACAAGAACUGUUCAAAGUAUUGAAUCUGCCCGACGAUAAGUGUCAACGUCAACAGUUCUACGAGCUCGCCUCGAAAACCGAAAUCAACGGCCCUGAUGCGACUUUGUUAAGGACACAAAUUUUCGCCUACGACGAAACCCUUAAACUAAACGAAUAUUGGAAGAAUUAUAUUUACACCAACUGCCUCAUGAACACUUUACCUGUCCCGAUGAAACGCGACCCCCUGGCUGCCGAAGCAGUCAUGAGGAAUCUCAUCUCUACUCGUAUCCCCAUCACAGACUUCAAGGGUAACUCUGCUCUUUUGGACUCAUUGGAUUACCAGGCACUGUGGACUACUGCUUUCUCUGACAUUGUCGAAAAAGCGCCGUUCUACAAUGACAUUGGCCAACAAAUCGGAACCAUCGACUUGAUGAAGACGAAGAAGCGCGUGCGUAUGAUGUACCUGCCUUACCUCAAGAUGAAGGUACUGGAGUUGCCGGUCGGCUACAACGGCCGUUACCGUAUGAUGUUAGGAUUAGCUAUGGGAUCUACAAAGGAAUCUCUUGAAGCUAUGAAGAACACUAUCGUGUUUGAAGUUCUCGACGGUCUCCAGACUAGCCGAAUACCUAUCGACAUUGCUAUUCCUCGCUUCACAAUGACCUCAGAAUACGACGCCCGACCCUUUUUGGAAGGUUUGGGAGUGCGCAGCAUGUGGACUGACUCAAACGCCACCAGGAACAUAUCCGACCCGGCCGCCAAUCCCAGCUCGAUGGUCCAGCGAGUGACGAUCACGUUUGACCGUGCUGGCGUGCACCCCAAUACUGAGGAGUUGCCCAGCUUCCUAUCUGGCACCAACUCCUGCGACUCCGAGACCGGCCUGGACCCCAUCCUGGGCCGCGAAUUCAUUGCCAACAAACCCUUCUUCUUCGCAUUAUUGGACACCGACACGUACAUGGUCAUGAUGGCCUCUGUGUUCAGUCGUCCUACCACCAACUUUGUCUUCAAGAAGUAAUGUGAUUACUAUAUAAAUAUGAAUAAAGAUAAGUUUCACUGAUUUCUGACAAAUGCAUUCUAUCAGAUAAAACAACUAUAUACAUUAAUGUUUAUUCUUUUGCCAACUGGCACUAGGUCAUUGUGUUGGAAUAAGACCUAAAGCCCUUCAGAAGUAGAGGAGGCUGGUGCCCAGUAAUGGGGUAGUAUAUAUGUAUAUGUAUACAAGGAUGGUGUUAUUAUUCUCUUAUUGUGUGAAAUUAAAGUCUGAAUUUAUUAGCUCACCUAUAACACAAACUUUAAUAACAGUGUAUCUGAAAGUUAAUGUUUAUCAGGGUUCCAGAAACAGCAUUUAGCAUUAAUUUUUUUUUUAGCUUUAACAGGCAAGUUCCUUAAAAAUGUACCGAGAUUGUCCUCUGUGUUCCGUGUUGAUAAUUUAUUUCUACUGUGUAUUUCCGUACAAGGUUAGCGGUUACAUGUACAAAAUCAAUGGAUUUAUAUAUUUUUGUUAAUACACAACAAUUAAUACGUUUUAAUUUGACACUUGUUUUAUUUUAACAUUACCAUAUCUUAUUAUAUUUUCUGUUUUCGUUUAAAACACUUUUGAAAGCAUGGUUUAUGUUUUAAGGUUGCACAAUGUUGUACUGUUUGUAAUAAUUUGUAGAAUUGUUAUAAGGCAUCUUGUCUGACGUAAUACUCUUCAGGUCUUACACUCUAACAAAGAUUGUCCAGUCUCUCUUGGGAUCCAAAGGAACUCAGGGA